AUGGACGCUGAGGGUCGCCUCGUGUUCUGGAAGGGGGGCGUGUGGGAGGGGGAGGCUCCGACACUCAGCUGUAACACCUGCAAGAAGAGGAGAGCGGACAGAAUGAGCGCCAACGAACGCCCGCAAGGUGAGUUGAAGAAACUCUCCGAGGAGAGUUUGACUCGUCAGCCCGAGGAAGUGUUCGACAUCAUCUGCAAGCUCGGAGAAGGUUCCUAUGGCAGCGUGUACAAGGCGCUCCACAAGGAGAGCGGCCAGGUGCUGGCCAUCAAGCAGGUGCCGGUGGACACGGACCUGCAGGAGAUCAUCAAGGAGAUCUCCAUCAUGCAGCAGUGUGACAGCCCCUACGUCGUCAAGUACUACGGCAGCUACUUCAAGAACACUGACCUAUGGAUCGUGAUGGAAUACUGCGGCGCGGGGUCCGUGUCUGACAUCAUGAGGCUGAGGAAGAAGACGCUCUCUGAAGACGAGAUAGCGACCAUCCUGUGUGACACGCUCAAGGGGCUGGAGUACCUGCACCGGCGACGGAAGAUCCACCGGGACAUCAAGGCCGGGAACAUCCUGCUCAACACCGAGGGUCACGCUAAACUGGCGGAUUUCGGUGUAGCCGGACAACUUACGGACACGAUGGCGAAACGCAACACAGUGAUAGGCACUCCGUUCUGGAUGGCGCCCGAGGUGAUCCAGGAGAUAGGCUACGACUGUGUGGCCGACAUCUGGUCGCUGGGCAUCACGGCGCUGGAGAUGGCGGAGGGCAAGCCGCCCUACGGAGACAUACACCCCAUGAGGGCCAUCUUCAUGAUACCCACCAAGCCGCCCCCCUCCUUCAGGGAGCCGGACCAGUGGUCUCCGGAGUUCAUAGACUUCGUGAGUCAGUGUCUCGUGAAGAACCCGGAGGAGAGGGCCACCGCCGAGUACCUGCUGGCGCACGAGUUUAUAGGAAACGCGAAGCAGGCCAGUAUACUGAGCGCCAUGAUCGCUGAGGCGAGGGAGCUGCGGGAGGCGCAGGCUCUGAGGAGGAGCAACAACAUGCAACCCGCCGCCGACAACCAGCGGCCGGUCACACAGUGUGCGGGUGACGCUGAGGAGUACAGCUCGGCCACGAUGAAGGCGCGCGAGGCGACGCUGGUGCCGCGCGACCUGGAGCUGGAGCUGGCCGCGGACCUGGGCACCAUGGUCAUAUACGACCACGACCUGGCCACCAUGAAGCGUCACGACACAGACCCCAUGGACCCGAGCCGGCCCAAGUACCGGCCGCUGUUCCUGGAACACUUCGAGAAGAAGGACCUCAACCACCUGCCUGCCACCAACGGGACGCUGGCCGGCACGCUCACCCUCCAGGACUCGCACCGGGUGGACGGCGGGCCGUGCUCGGUGUCGUCCCCUCCCCCUGCCCCCUCCUCCCCGCCGGGCUCCCCGCCGGGCGGGCCGCGCGCCCUGCUGGACGUGGACGGGAACUUCGAAUUCGUAAGUCAACUGCACGUCGUCACUCUGCUCGCCCUCCGGCCCCCUGUCGUUCCUGUCGUCGAGCGAGCUGGAGGCGCGCAUGGCGGCGCUGGACGCGGAGAUGGAGGCGGAAAUCGAACGGCUCCACCAGCGGUACGAGCGGAAGCGACGCCCCAUACUGGACGCCAUCACGCUCAAACGGAAACGACAACAGAACUUUUAGCUCGCACCGCCGCCGACCACACGCACACGGCACGAGGGAACCAACGUGUUCCGUGUAUGAACAGUUUAUAUAGCUGGAAGUCUCUUUGA